GUCGAAAUGUCCGAAAAUCGAAAUUCGAAACAUUGUUUCUACAUUUCUAAGAAUACCAAACUGAACAUUGUUGAUUGCUUAUUUAUUACUUUAUAAUUGAAAUUCAUCUUAAAAUGUCGGAAAAUGGACUCGAUGAUGCGUAAAAAAACUCAAGUUUCGUUUGUUAUUCGGGACGAAGAGGAGAAGAAACACAAAAACGGUGUUAGCUCAUUACAGUUGGAUCCGGUUCAAGGAAGGCUUUAUUCGGCCGGUAGAGAUGGAAUCAUCAGAGUUUGGCAGACCACUGGCAGUUCGCAGGAUAGAUACAUUCAAAGUAUGGAACACCAUACUGACUGGGUUAACGACAUAGUGCUCUGCUGCGGUGGUAAAAAUCUAAUUAGUGCAUCAUCCGAUACGACAGUAAAAGUAUGGAACGCACCAAAAGGAUUUUGCAUGUCUACUUUGAGAACACAUAAAGAUUAUGUACGGACCUUAGCAUAUGCGAAAGAUAAGGAACAAGUAGCCAGUGCAGGUCUUGAUAGGGCGAUUUUCUUGUGGGAUGUUAAUACUCUAACUGCGUUAACUGCCAGUAAUAAUACAGUCACUACAUCUAGUUUAGUUGGUAAUAAAGAAUCAAUUUAUAGCCUGGCUAUGAAUCCGCCCGGUACAAUACUUGUAAGUGGUUCAACAGAAAAAGUGCUGAGGGUUUGGGAUCCAAGGAAUUGUUCACGUUUAAUGAAACUUAAGGGACAUGCGGAUAAUGUAAAAGCAUUAGUAGUAAGUAGAGAUGGUACUCAAUGUGUGUCUGGAAGUUCAGACGGCACAAUCAAACUAUGGUCAUUGUCACAACAAAGGUGUGUCUCCACAAUCCGUGUGCACUCUGAAGCUGUAUGGGCGUUAUUAGCGACUGAAAAUUUUACCCAUAUUAUAUCAGGUGGAAGGGACAGAUUAGUCAUUAUAACAGAAUUAAGAAACCCAGUAAACUUUCUGAUUGUUUGUGAAGAGACAGCGCCAAUACUUAAACUCUGUUUUACUGCUGAUCAGCAGGCUGUGUGGGUAUCAACAUCAGACUCUGACAUCAAAUGCUGGAAACUUCCACCGAUGACGUCAUUAAACUCUGAAACGUUCAAUCAAAAUAGUUAUAACACAAAUAAUGUAUAUCAAACACAGCCUCUGCACCACAUACCUGGGGGCAAAGCAAUUAAAAACUACACAGUAUUAAACGAUAAAAGACACAUAAUUACUAAGGACAGUAGCAAUAAUGUAGUCCUUUAUGAUGUAUUAAAGGCUUGUAAACUAGAUGACUUAGGGGAGGUUGAUUAUGAUGAGGAGGUGAAGAAACAAUUUAAAAUGGUAUAUGUUCCAAAUUGGUUUAAUGUAGACUUGAAAACAGGUAUGUUGACAAUACAUCUUGGCCAAGAUGAGACUGAUUGUUUUAGCGCUUGGGUAAGUGCAAAGGAUGCGGGACUAACUACUGAAAAUGACCAAAAAGUGAACUUUGGUGCACUAUUGUUGCAAGCUCUUUUAGAACAUUGGAAUCAUCCAAACAGAAUAAAUGAAGGUGGCCAGAAAGUGUUUGGUAAUAAUUACUUUUCUGUGCCAGUUCACACUCCGCUGAUAUUCAGUGAAGUUGGAGGACGGACACUUUAUAGGCUUCAGGUUGGUGAUGCCGGAGGUGAAACUGAAGGUAACAUCUUAAUGGAGACUGUGCCCUCCUGGGUGGUUGAUGUGGCAAUAGAAAUGGCUGCGCCCAAGCUCAACAAACUGCCCUUCUACCUACUCCCGCAUUCCAGUUGUCAGAGUAAACAGGAUAGACAAAAGAAGGAUCGUUUGGUAGCUAAUGAUUUCAUCCAGUGUCGCAAAGUGGCCGAACACGUUGUGGAAAAGAUAAUUGGUGGAGGUGAUGUCAAUGGUACUGGUGUCACCAAGACAACUCCCGAAGAUAGUGUCACUGAAGCCCCCGAGGAGAAGGUGGAACUAUUGUGCUGUGAUCAGGUUCUAGACCCCAACAUGGAUCUCCGGACAGUCAGACAUUUCAUAUGGAAAUCUAAUGUCGAGUUCACAUUACACUAUCGUAUUAUAAAACAGUGAUGAACUCCUCUAUUUAUGGGCUGUAUGCUGUUUUCAGUCCUUAUGAUAACAUUAUAUGACUGACUAAGUACUGAGACAAGAUAUUAUGUGUCCCUCUUAUAUCUUUAUUUUUUUUUAUUAUUUAUCUAUGGAAUGUUUUAACUUUAGGAGUAGGUGCGAUUUGUGUAGAUUGCGACAUUUUUAUUUCAAUUAACUUAAUUUGUUUAUAAACCGAAUGAUAUGAAAUAAACACUAAAUGCUACUUACUUGUCACAAUGUAUCAGUGAAAACCGUAUUCAAACCGGUUAAGCCGUUUUGGAGAUUAGCAUUCACAGACAGACAAAAACACUGCACGCUUAGUUGUCACCAAUUCGUAGUGAUUCCACCAGAAAAAAUUAAAAUCUUGUAGAGGUUUAAUUUUUAAAACGAACAUUAGUUACCAAAAACGGAAUAUUUGCAGUCAUUCUUUAUUUCAAUGCGUGAAACACUCGAAUUGUUGGGCAAUGUCGAAUAGCUGAGAUAUCGUAAAUAUUCAAUCAGUUUUUUUUACUUGAAAAUAUCAUAAUUAUUACAAAUUAAACUUUUUAAAAUAUUGGACAUAAUACUUGUUUAUGAAAGUGUCUAAAUGUGACGGGGAGUGAUGCGGUGCGAGGAUCUAGCGAUUUAUUAAUAGAAUUGUGAAUUGAACGAAAGUUGGCAAUUAUUUGCUCUUUGUGUGUAUAUUUUUUUGACAUUGUUUAAUUUAUUUUUCUCAUAAAUAUGUGUUUUUUUUUUGUAAUUUAAAGUAACGGUGUAUAACAUCCAAGCCUUGCUAUUUUAAAAUGUUCUAUGUAGUGUCACUAUAGUUUACAAUAUUCCGGGCAAAGAGUGCCUGAUAUUAUUGAAGACGCUUGUAACAGCCAGUGGUUACAAAUACAGGGCCUAAAUGAUUUUCCUAUAAUUCAAAUCAUAUUCAAAAUUAUCUUUUAUUUAAUCUGAUCAAUAUGAAUAUAAUAAUAUUUUUUUUUUCAUUCUCAGAAUGGCGUCUAUUUCAAGUAGGCGCGAGCAUUUCAGUUUUGGCAUUACUAACAAUACCACCGAUUCCAGCAUUCAAAAUCGGAUCAUGCAGAAUAAAAAUUCUAAACAUCAAUCUAAAUGCUGUUUUUCUGGGCGGGAAGAAUAUUGGAGAACCUAGACAGUUGUUUCUUUUUUAAUUAAAAUCUGAAAGACCAAGUUUUGUUCACUGUCUCAUAUUUUGUUUCCGCCAAUCAUUGCUAUUCGUAAUCGCAUUCUUUUACCGCUGAUAACGUACAAUUUGUUUAACAUUGGUGAACCUGGACUGUAUUAGAUGGCAUUAAAUUGCCACGGAAGAAGUAAACACUCAGUUACUUGGUUUUCCAGACAUUGAAUCAAAGAAAAAAACUAACUACCUAAAUAAUUUCUGUCCAUAUUUUUUCGUAAAGAAAAGUUUUCACGUAGAUAUUAUAUAUAUUAUACACUAUAAUAGUGUUGGUACCUACCUUAUAAUGCACGAGAUGAGAUAUGUGUGACUAAAUGUGUUUAUGCGUACUUAUAAGAAAAAAUAUAAUCUACCCUCAUUGUGUGAGGAUGCGACUAGUUCAUGUAAAAAAAUUAUUAUAUAAAUAUUGAAUGA